CAACCGAUGCAUACGCCUUCAAGCAGUCCGACGUAACCCAUUAGUCGAGCAGCAGCCGGCAGCCUAGCAGCGCAUCCGAGGGAGGGUGAAAUGCACACAUUCGGCCUUUGGGCAUCAGUGUAGCAGCAGCAACAGCAUUAGCAUUAGCAGUUAGAGAGCUAGAGAGACUCUUUUUUCUUUUCACUUAUUACUCAUACACGUACACGUACACACUCACACGUACACACACACUCACUCACUUAUAACUCUCUCAUCCGGACCGCCGAAACUAGGCCCGGCUAGGGUAUUUCCCCAGAAUAAUACAUACCAAAUGCACAAGGCGCCCGAACGCCUCCUGCGCACUACACGUCCGCCGACAUGCAGACGACACAAGUUUCGAACGGGCUCUCGCCCGUGUCCGAGAUGACGCCGGAAUCGUCUCCCGGACCCUCCCCCAAGAGACAAUGCUUCCAAAACUCGCCCGCAUAUAGCACGAUAGAAGCAGCCGCCUUAGGGGGCCUGGCUGCGCGCGCGUGUGAGAAGUGCCGUGCGUCUAAACGCAAAUGCGAUAAGAAACUGCCCUUCUGCGACAGGUGUAAGAGACUCAACGCAAAAUGCCACUACAUCCACGAUAUAUCGAACAACCUGGUCUCGCAGGGCGCCCAGCUCGUCAUCUACCAGCCGCACUCGCUGGUCCACGACGUCCUGCUGCGCGGCCCCGAGCCCCUGGAGGGCAUCACCCCGCCACAGAUCCUGUCGCUCAUAUCCCCCCCUUCCUCCUCCUCCGCCCCGGCCCCCGUGGACUGGCGCGCCGUCGCCGCCGCGUAUUUUCAGUGCAUACACUCGUGGUACGCGGUCGUCCACCCCACCCUCUUCGAGCAGCGGGCCGCGAGCCUGGCGGGCUUGAUAGAUGGCGGCGGCGGGGCGUCGACGGACUCGCCGGAACACGCGGGGAAUCCGGAUGUUAACAUCCCCCCCUUUUCCAAUUCCAACUCUAACUCUUCUAAUCCUAGCUCGUCCCUGGUAUCUAAUUCCCAUUGCCAUUCCAACUCUAGCGCCACGACAACGACAACGACGACAACAACAGACCGCCACGCCAAGACGACGGCCCUGCUCAUCGUCGCCAUGUACCUGCUAACGCGGAUGCGGGUGACGGACGCGGGCGAGCAGCCCCUCUUCGACGCGACGUACCGCGCGGCGAAGCGGCUGCUGUCAUCGCAGCUGCUGGCGUGCGCGGGGGACCCGGCGCCGGAGAUCGAGCUGGUGCAGUGUGGGGCGCUGGUCGCGCUGUACGAGUACGGGCACGGGGACGCGGUCACGGCGUACAGGACGCUGAGCCAGGCGGUCGUCACGGCGAGGGUGUUGGGGAUCAAGCCUGGGCAGUUGGCGGAGGGAGGGGGAGGGGAGGAUGUGGUUAUGACGAGCGUGGAGGAGGAGCAGAGCGGGUGUCUUUGGUGGGGGAUGUUUAUACUGGAGCAAUUCAUCCACCAGGACGAAGAAGCCCGGGAUUUCCCCUUCCUCCUCGAGAGCCCCACGCGGAAUACCCUCCUCCCGGAAACGCCUCCGACGACGCCCCCGCCUAGUUCGACGGGAGGAGGUCUGAACGGGACUACAACCGGAGCCGGAGCCGGGGCUGGAGCUGGGUUUCCCCUGUCGCCGGCGUCGACGCGGCAUCUGAGCACGAAUAUCAUCAUCGGCACCGAGAAGUUCGGUGGUUUCCAGCUAUCCGCCAAGACGGCGUGUCUGUUCCACCGCGCCCUGCACAUAGAUAAGGAGCGCGACGGGCGGCCCGGGAAGAUGCCGCUGGUGUCGACGUAUGCGGACCUCGACCGCGAGAUCAGGGACAGCACGUUGACGUUGCUGAACGAUACGCUGGAUUGGGAGGCUAUGCUUGAUUGUUUUGCCAUGCUUGUUAGCGCGCUCUUCACCCUGUACAUGCCGUACCUCGCGAUCCUCGAGAACAGUCGGCACCUGGGCGCCUCGUCCCCGGCGUCCCUGCUCGCGUCGAGCCAGGAGGUGUCGACGGCGCUCGCGGCCCUGCGCUUCGCCUGCAAGAUGUCCACCGACAUCUCGUGCAAGCUGAACGCCAACUUCGGCUCCGCGCCCCGCUCCCCCGUCUACCUGUGCGCGCCCGCCGGCGCCACGUGCUAUCUGGUCAUUCAGGCGUACGCGGCCAUCCGCCGGAUAUUCCCCGAGGAGAUGGCCGAGUGCGAGAAGGAUAUCGAGGAGAAGUUUGAGAGCUUGCGGUUGUUUAGUUUUCGGUGGGGAAUCGCUGAGAAAAUGAUGAGCCGGCUCGAGGAGAAGCUCAACAUCGACAGGAACGUCUACCUCCAGAACUCGCAGCUCAUGCCCCCGCCGCAAGCGAUCUGUUUCGACUUCACGCGGAGGUGACCUUUUUUUAACACCUGAGGUUAGGUACUUACCUAGCUACCGCUUGCAGGGAGUACCGUUCGCUCUUUGUCUAAUUACUGUUACUUAUCUAUU